AUGCCCUCCCCAAACGCAGUCAAUGGCACGGGCGACGACAUGCGAAAGCUCAUCGAUCAGCUGGACAAAGAGUUCGACCACAACAACCUCGACCAGCUCAUCGGAGAAUGGCUUGACCAGGCCACAUGUCCCGGAGCAACCAAGCGUAUUAUCGAAACCGUCGCGGAGCUGGAGAGCUACAUGCAGGACGUGACAAAUUGGGCAAUGGUGGAAGAUGCAAGCAAGGCCUGGGACGAAAAGACGUAA